AUGAUGAACACAGAACAUAUUCGAGAUAGUACUGAUGUUUUUGUCUUAUCUUACGCAGCUGGCCCAGAUGCAGCUAUAUCGGAUGCCAUGCAAAGGAGAAGAAUGGCAUCAGAUGUUGCUGCUGAAGCUGUGGAGGAGCCCAUUGCUACAGAAUCAAUUGUUAGAAAUCUAAGAGGAAGUGGAGCUUGUUUGGUGGAUAAUCUCACAGAAUACGACGUGAGAAGUGUCCUGAGGUCGAAAAUUCCUGCCUCCGAACGGGUGUGGAGGAUCGUGGAUGAGAUAUCAGGGCUCACGCUUAUCGAGACAGUUGGGCUUUCAUCGAUCAUGAUGAGAAAGCUGAGCAUCAAGGAAAUGCCCGUUAUAUGCAGCAUGAAGCCAGGGUCUGUGGAGCCCACAGCCGCCAUGGCCGGGCCCACGACCGUCAAGGUAGAGAAGAAGCCUGAGAAUACAGCCUUUGAGCUAGAAAUGGAGUCUUUUGAUGCGGCAUCUAAGCUCAAGGUGAUUAAGGAGAUUGGAAGCUUUACUGAACUUGGUCUGAAGGAGGCCAAGGACUUUGUGGAGAAGACGCCAACUUAUCAAGAAGGGGGUCUCGAAGGAGGAGGCGGAGAAAAUUAUCGAGAAAAUGAAGGCAAUCGGGGCAAAUGUUGA